AUGCGACGCCUUCCUGCCUUGCCAGCCCUACCUGCUCAUGUCCCAGGUCCGGGGCUUGCAGAACAAGAGCUGCCUUUGUUGGAGCCAAAGAUCACCAAAGUCCGCGUUGCUCACCGUGGCACUGGUGGCCAGCUUUCACAGCAAGGGCAGGCAAUGCUUGCGAGACUAGCAGACACCUUUGAAGGGCACGUGCCAGAAGUGUGUCGCAUAUUGGGCUGGACAGUCAGACUUGGCAUGAACGGGUUUCUGGCAAAGGCGACCGGUCUUUCCCGUGGCUGUGUGGAGAAGCGUCAGGCCGAGAGCCGUCGCCAGCAAGGUGUCCCGAAACCUUUUACAAACCGCGCAGGCCGGAAGAGGAAGUGGAAGGAGCCUGACAGCCCAAUCGAGGCCACCUUGCCAGAAGAAGUGGACCCCUUGGCGCCAGAUGCUGGCUCCGCUGACUCAACACCAAUGGCUAGCACCAGCUUCAGUGGCAUUUUGGAUUCGAAGUCGCAUGCCAAUCAGCGAUGCCCUUACAAGGGGCUCCAUGUUGUGGGGCCAGACGACCAAGAGAGGCUUGUAGGCCUCAGGCUUACGAGCUUAGCCCUUUGCCUCAAUUCCCAGGGCUCUGUGCACACAUACACAGAAGUAUUGAGCAUGCUAGACGCAUCUCUGCCUGGUGAGUUCGGCCAGAUACAGCAUUCUGAGAGAUUCGCGAAAGGGAUCGUGGCAGAAGCUGUCAAGGCUACUCGCAUUUUUGUGGCGCACAAUUUGAACCAGAACUUGAAGGCGCUGAGGCUGCCGUCAGACCUGGCCUUUACCGUUGAUGGUGCAACAUUGAAAAACGGCGAAUCGCUGCAAAUCCAGAUGGUGUACGCGAAUUGUGGCUCUCCAGUAGUGUCACUGCUUGAUGCCACCCCGCUCCAAACGACCGAGCCGCCUCUGCCACCAAAGGACGUGGCCAGCAGAGAUACACCAAAAGAGGAUGCUCUCCUAGCCACCCUUCUGGAGCCAGACAAGAGGGCCAGACAUCGCCCUACGGCCCCGCCGCUCUUGGACUUGCAUUCGGGAGCCCGGCUUGUUGACAACUUACUGGCCACAACCGAGAAGUUUGGCAUGACAUUGCCAGAGCUGCAGCUGAGGUUUGCCGUUUUUGCCGGCGAUGGCUUGCUGGAAGGGCCGUUCAACACCUGCCAACCUGGAUGCGGAAAUCUUCUGGCCAGAAGAUUGUCUUUGGAGCAACGCAGCAGCUUGUGCGAGUGGGGCUCGCUGGACUGGUUUCACGCUUGCGAGAAAAGUGGCGCUCACAGUGACGCGCAAGAGAAAUCGAAGAGCAAGGCGAGCCCUGGCUUUUUACGUCAGAUGGAAGCUGUUGCCUUGAAGGCAAGGAGGCUGUUUCAACUCGGGCAGGGCAAGAUUGUCAUUCGAAACCUCUUCCAGAACUUGCCGGUUCUGCACAGCGGCGCGAUUUUCUGCCAGACAGAGGCCAUCGAAAACACCCGCCGGAAAGCCAAAAACCCUAGCAAGAUUUGUGGCCUGAAGACUGCGGACGCCAAGGAGGCGCGCCAGUUCGGGCGUGACCUGCUAGACGCCCCAAUGCUCAUUUUCUGCUCUUUUCAUUAUGAGCACAGGCGUCAGAACUUGCUAGCUGUUGCUGCCCACGGUCAGAGCAGCGCCAUGCCCAACAAUGUGAAGUUUACUCUGGCAGUGGAGGCCCUCCUCGCCAUGUCCGAAGACAGAGUUACUUUUGCAGCUUUACAGAACGCAGUGUGGUUUUGGAGCCGGCUGGAGUCUUUCCUGAUUGCAGACAACACGGACAGGUGGGCCGCGCGUUACUUCCAGCAGUGCAUCACGCAGUUCAGUGGCUGGAUGGUUGUCAGACUGGCGUGGAGACGAUACCCGCGGUCAGUCAGACUUCUGACUGAGCUCAUGUUUUACCGGACUGUUCAAGGAGUCUCCUUGGGUAUUCGCCCACAUGAACGUUGGCCGCUGUCGGAGCCCGGAGCACCGCCCAAGCACAAGACGAAGGCAGAAACACGCACCUACAUUUGCAAGACAGCCGUUGCCGCGCUGGAAAGAGUGAAGCAGUGGGCCAAGCAAGAGGCGCAUUUCUUUCGAUGUCGCUGCUUGUGGCCAGACGCCAAUAUGCCAAAAUGGUUCUUGACACAUAAAGGCAUGCACAGACAAAAGGAUCCUGAGAGUGAUGCCGGCCCGGAGUUGGACUGCCCGGGGUCAGACUCCUCUGAGACUGAAGACAGCAGCUCCUCCGACUCCGACAACUCCUCAUCAAGCGAAUCAGGCACGGAGGAGGCGAAGGGAGCAAGCUCUUCUGGCGAGGUGAAAAAGCUGCAAGAGCUGGAGCUGAAAGUUGAUAAGUGGGCGCAAGACCCUGGCGUGCAGCAGCUUGCUGCAGGGUCUUCGCGCGCGCUCUUCGCUUUUCCAUCCAUGCCAGAGGUGUCAGACGGGCCUGCUAGGAGAGGCGAAGCCAAUUCUCUAAGGCGAGUUGGGCAAAAGGUUGUCAUUGCCAGCAGCCAGGCCUCGGACCGCCGUCUAUGGCAAAACAUGAUUGCCGGCAACACCUGCUAUGUCGCGAAAGGUCAGUCUUUGAAGCCAGGUCAGAGGAGCCAGCUCUCCAGUUGCGCUGCGUACUUGUUCCUGGCCAGACAACUUCUGCAUGGUCUGCAGACACACGACGAGCUGUGGAAGACUGCCCUGCGCGAACUUGCCAGAGCCUUCGGACCAUACCUUUGGGGUCUUCAGCCAGGCGCUGUGCGACAUUUGGUGAAUCCGCCAGAGGAGAUGUUUGCACAGCCAUCUGAGCCAGAGCUGCAGGAGCAGUUCCUUGUGUUUCGCAAUGUGGCCGUCCGGAUUUCGAGCGCCGCCUGUGCGGCGGAGAAGUUCCAGAAGUCAGAGGUUCUCAAAUGGGAUGAGCAUCUGCAUAGUCUGAUCGUGCAGCAGAGUUACACGCAAGCCAGACAUUACUGGCAUGUGCUGAGGCUUUUUCACAGAUUGCACGUGUGGGGCUUUGCGUCAGAAGCAAUCUGCGAAUCAGCGGUUUCCAUCAUGCGCUACCUGGAGAAGAAGCACUCUGUCGGACGACCUCUGCGGACCGCUCCCUUGGUGGAGGCAGCGCUGCUUCGCUUCUACGGGGUGGACGGUCGGCCUGAGUCGUGGCCUUUCUUGCUGAAGGUCCUGUCAGAAUACUUCCGGAAGCGAGGCAAAGGGCAGCUGCGCUUCUUUGUCUCCCGCCGGACAACGGCGGCGCGCUCUGGUCUCGGGCCGAGCGCAGUGCUGCACAGGCACCGUCAGAAGGCGGAGUCCAUGACCAAGUCAUGGAUGAUGUCUCCAGUUGCAGUCAGGCCUUCCAAGCUGCUGUCCAAGGACGCUCUGAAAGCUUUGCGCCAGACUGAUGCCAGAGAGCCUGAUGACUUCUACGCUGCAUUGUGGGAUUGUGUUUUGCCGGCGUUGGCCAGCGCAGGAGUCAGAGUGGAGUUUGACGAGUGA